AUGGCUGAAUCUUCUGAUGACGAACCGCCGGAUACUUUUGUGCGGAAGCUCUGGGACAGUGGUGGACCUCCGAAAUCAAUUCGUGUCGUCCUGUCGCAUUUUCUCGCUAUGGAAGAAUCGGAGCAAAUAUAUGCGCAGCUUCAGCAGGCUUGCAUCCCAAACAAGCAAGUACUAUGGAGUGGUAUGUACCGGAAAGAUGCGCAGGAAUGGGCAGAUAAGCACGGUAUGCAAACACUAACCACGGCCAUGGGCCCCUUGAUGGACACGAGCGACUCUCUAUGUCCUCGGCAGAACAAAAGCUACGCUGCUUGGUCGAGGUACAUACACGGGGCCUCAGCCGUAUUUUCCUGGUAUAUUGCGGGAGGCGAUCUGGUUACGGUUUUAUCGCAGCCUCCACCACAGCGUUUUAACCCUACUGGAGAGGCCUACUAUCAAACGAUAGAAGAACCCAUCAUCAUGGGAAAGCUUUGCAACAGACAUGUAGGCCAUAUUAGGGUAGUCCAUCCAUGCAUCAAGGAAGCUCAAGAUUUUACAUACGAAAUGUGGCCAGAAGACCACUCCUCAUCGUGGAUCAAUCUAUAUGGGAGAAAACCGUGGCGGUAUAACUGGCGAAGUACGACUUUAACGGAAUCUAUGCGAAGAUUAAAGGUCCGCAAAGUAGCUAUACAUACUGAUAGCGCGACUGUAUUGCUAAGUAAUUUUUGGCAGGCGAAGUUGUUUCCCGGCGAGACCACUGCGUUGACAGCUCGUCGAUCCACUGACGGAGGCAUACCAAAAGAGAAUAUUGCGAAGAACGGAACAAAACUGACCACCACAGCCACCAAAAAGGAAGAUCUUCAAGUCAAACAGGAGACUUUGCAGUCUAACCUCGUGAACAAGACGAGGGAAAGCAGAAUGAAGCAGAAGCUGAAGCUGAAGCUGAAGGGGACGAAACAAAUGCCUGAGGACAAGCCAAAAGGGUACUUGGAGUCGAAAAAUGGGAAGAAACCAAAGACCAAAACCGAACCAGUUAAGGUAGCGGAAACGAAAGGACUAAAAACAAAGGAAGCAAAACCCAAGGGAGCAAAAGCAAAGGAUGCAAAACCCAAGGACGCAAAACCCAAGAAAGCAAAACCCAAGGAUGCAAAACCUAAAGACGUAAAACUUGGAAAGUAG